AUGCCGAUCCAGGACAAUGCUAGGUUCGACUUCAUUGUCGUGGGUGGAGGCACGGCCGGUAACGUAGUUGCUGGUCGUCUGGCUGAGAAUCCCAAAGCCAAGAUUCUGGUCGUGGAAGCUGGCGUUGAAAAUGCCAAAGACCUUGAGCCCAUCCGGGUUCCGUCGAAUGCAAUGGAGCUCCGGGACAGCGAGUAUGACUGGUCCUUCAAAACCACCAUGGUCAAGCGAGAUGACUAUGAGCGCGUCGAGAAGCCCAACACUCGCGGGAAGGUCCUUGGAGGAAGUUCCUCCCUGAACUACUUCACCUGGGCCCCGGGUUCCAAGGGCACGUUUGACAUGUGGGAGGAAUACGGUGGAAAAGAGUGGACAUGGGACCCUCUGGUGCCCUACCUGCGGAAGAGUGCUACCUACUACGAUGACGAAAAGGCGUAUUCGCCAGACCUGAAGAAGAUUGGCCAAGGUGGCCCGAUUCCGAUCUCCCACUCGGAAUUAAUUCCCGAGAUGAAGCCGUUCAGAGACCUGCUUACCAAGGCUUGGAAGUCUACCGGUCAUCCCGUCACCGAGAACAUCUUCGACGGAAAGAUGUCUGGUCUGACCCAUAGUGUCAACACCAUCUAUAAGGGCCGGCGCUCGGGCAGUUUCCUUUGUGUCGCCGAUAAACCAAAUAUCACCAUCCUUCCUCAAGCGCACUCCAAGAGGCUGAUCAUCGAUGCCGCGGACAAGACUUGCAAGGGUGUGACUGUCAUCCUGACUUCCGGUCAGGAGCUCAACCUUUUUGCGAUCCGUGAAGUCAUCGUCUCGCAAGGUGUCUUCGAGACUCCCAAGCUGCUCAUGCUGAGUGGCAUCGGGCCCGCCGCGGAACUCAAGAAGCACGGAAUCCCCAUGAUCGUCGACAAUGCGCACGUUGGACAGCAUCUCUUGGAUCACCCCGGUGUUCCGUUCGUCCUUCGCCUGAAAGACGGCUUCGGCAUGGACGACUACAUCCUGCGGAAGGACACUCCACACAACAAACAGGCCAUCAAAGCGUAUGAGUCCAAUCACCGUGGUCCACUGGGCUCUGGAUUCCUCGAGAUGGUUGGGUUCCCCCGAAUUGACAGCUACUUGGAGAAGGAUCCUACUUAUCGUCAAGCCAAGGCCUCGAACGACAACAAGGACCCAUUCUGUCCAUACGGCCAGCCCCAUUUCGAACUCGAUUUUGUUUGUCUGUUCGGAAGUGCAUUCCAGUGGCACUACCCGACCCCAAGCAAAGGCAACUACAUCACCGUCAUGGUUGACCUCGUUCGGCCUGUCUCCGAGGGUGGCGAGAUCACGCUGAACAGCGAUGAUCCCUUGCAGCAGGCCAACAUCAAUCUCAACUACUUCAACAACGAUCUCGACAUCAUCGCCAUCCGCGAGGGCAUCCGCUACGCUUACGACGUUCUCAAGAAUGGCGAAGGCUUCAAAGAUAUCAUCGAAGACGAAUACCCCUGGCCCAUGCCAUUGCAUGACGAUAAGCUCAUGAGGCGAACUGUGCUCGACCGCUCCCAGACUUCUUUCCACCCUUGCGGUACCGCCCGUCUGUCCAAGAACAUCCAGCAGGGUGUGGUUGACCCCGGUCUCAGGGUCCAUGGCAUCAAGAAUCUCCGUGUGAUCGAUGCGUCUUGCAUCCCCGUCAUUCCUGACUGCCGGAUCCAGAAUUCCGUGUACAUGAUUGCCGAGAAGGGUGCUGACGCUAUCAAGCGUGAUCACUUCGACUUUUACAAAUAG